AUGGCUCUACAGCAAUCUCCCUCCACUACGCAUCAAGAAACGUCCGCCAAGGGUGGUCCCGGCAAAAAAAAGAAGACCAUUGUCAUCCGGCACAAGGGUUGGUCUUCUGUGCUGCAGAGAUGGCAGAAUCUCCCAAGGACGUGGAAGAACACUGUACCAUUGGGCAAGCGCCGCGAAACGAAGGGGAGACAUCGAAGCCCCAACGAACAUCUGACCAGUGUUCUCCGCGAGCAUGGCAAGGGCUGGGGGGGUCUUGCUCGAGUCCGUCCCGGCAAGGCAAACUUGAGCUACGUUGAUCAUGACUCCCCGCAUGAUUGGGAACACCCCAACCAUUAUCAUCCUUACGAACUUUUUCGGCCUUCUCUCCAAUUCUAUCUGGCCCGCUACCUCCAGCGGGUUUACCGGGCUGAAGCCCCGGACUGGAACUGUCCCCUUGCUCCGCAUCUACAGCAAUGGCUUGCGCGUCAAGGUUACACCGAAAAUGACUUCCGGGUCUGGGGCAAGAUUCUCACUGCGGACAAGGCGCAUAUCGCGACUAGCAUGCUGCUGCGUGGAGAAGUUGACGGCAUGGCCAUUUCAAGGCCAACGCCUAUCUGGGUUCUGACUCUUCUCUGUCGGCGGCACGACGUUUCGGCUCGCGCUGUCCGGGGCCUUCUCAAGUACGUUGGAAAUCUAGGAGUAGUAGGAUCUCAACAAACCGGCGAGACAUCUGACAACGGUGACGAUGCUGUCGUUACGGAAGAGAAGACUUUCACUCUCAUUUGCAUCCGCCUCUUGAGAAAAGCCCGGCUCACCCACCCGGCGAGCAUAGAAGACAUCGCGAACCUUUUGGUGACACGCAUCAACUCUUUGUACGCUGGCACCAUCGGCAGAGAAUCUCCGCAUAGCGGCAAAAAGAAACAGGCAAGAUGGGAGAUUCGACAACAGGAAAAAUCGAGGGAGCGGCGGGUCCGUCAUACUCUCCUAUACAACCAGAUUCUCGCUUUGCUUUCUUUGCCUACAUCGUUACGUCCGGUUGUCUCAGCCGCGCUCCAGCAGCGUGCUCAGUUCAUAAUCCUCCGGGCAAUGUCGGAGUACGAGCCACCUUUGACCAUUACCCAGAAGGGUUAUCGAGCUGUCGCUAGAGUUCAGCUCGCGCAGCUGAAGACAAAGGAUGAGCGGAAAUGGGCUGAACUAAAGUCAACCUCAUGGCCACCGUGGAAAGAAGACCGAACGGCAAUGGACUCGGACAUUGGGCCGGAACAAGGUCUCUCACGCGCUGGUCAGACGAUUCUACGCAUGAACGAGGCUGGAUACCCCAGUUUCGGAUGGGAUCGCAUUGUCCAACUAUACGGUGGUUGGGAUUCGGAUGGCAGCCCAGUCAUCCAACAUAGGAAGGUCCUCGGUCACGUUCAAGAUGCACUUGCUUCGGCUUUGACCGAGGGGGAAAUGUCAAGAGACUUCCCUUGCUCGCGGGACGUGGAUCACGAGGUAUGGGCUGCAAGGGUACGGACGACGAGAACUGUCGAGCAAUCAUGGGCAAUUUUUCUCGCAUACGAUGCUCUUGAGGUUCAGGUCCCGCAGAAAAGGAUACUGGUGUACGCGGCAAUGUUUGAGCGGAUUGUUGGUGCUCAAAAGCUAUCAUCUCGCGGCAGACGAAUGCGUGCCGCACUUCGUCCUGGCUACGUUGACAAAAAAGAGGAAGUGCCUGGGGAUCAAAGGGAGGCCCUCCCUACUCCAGACUCACCGCAUGAGCGUUUGGAUCCACGGUUGAAGCCACCUUCAGUCAACGAACUCUUUGAAAGUAUGAUUUCCAACGACAUCUAUCCCGACAACGACUGCUUGUCGUUGCUGCUUCGGACGAGUAGAAGAAUCGACCGAGGGCUUGACUUCAUCCGGUUUAGUCGCGAUCAACAUGUUCGCGCCCUUCUGGAGCUCUACAUGACCGACGAGCAGGUAGAAGCUGUCCCUGAAGUGGUGUUCGACGCCUACAUCGACUUGCUCUGUCGUUUUUGUUGGGUUGUUGACUGUUACCAUUUCGUUGGCGAUGUGCCAAAAGGCGAUGGGCGUGCCAUGCUUCAUCGAGCGGUCACGUUGAUGGACCGCAAAAAGUCAAGAUAUCUUCCUGGGUGGAACAGGGUUUUAGCCGCGGUGCACAGGUUUGACACCAGACACAACGGUACCACUGAGCUCACACGCCAAACACUCAAGGUCAUGGAGAAUGCAGGAGCCGAGCUUGACACGCAUGGAUUCCAGACCGUCUGCUUCUCGUUCGCCUACCGCGCUCUGAUUCGCAUGAGUCAGGUUUUCGCUCCAGACAAGGAAGAGUUUCUGGAAGAAGGGUGGGCAUACCACGUCCAUCAUAAUGACAACGACUCCCGUUUUCUUCGCACUCUAUUCAGCAAGGUCGUCGGCCUGAGCAAUGUUUCCCCUCUCAAGCAACAGCUCGCAACAGUCAGCGGCCGUGAGCCAGCGGCUACCAGGACGGUCCUCAGUGUCCCGCCAGCAGUCACUCUGCACCAAUACAUCCGCGCCCUUGGGAUCCUGGGUGAUUACGAGGGCAUACUCUCCACUGCGUCUUUCAUGCAUGACAACGUCGAUGGGUUACUGCACCAUUGCGACAACGAGCUCAACGGACAUGUACGUCUACGGCGUACCAUUGUCGCGCUGCGGUGCUUCUUGGAGCGUAGCUGGGACGACGAGGCCGAGCGGUCGUCUUGGUCAGCCACAAGGACCGAGGAGGAGGAACAGCAUGCGCCGGAUGCGCUGUUUGCGCCGGAUCAGCCCGCAGAUCAAGGAGUGAGACCGAGGGCUGAAUCUGCGCCAGAGGAGCUGAUCAUGCUUGUGAGAGAUAAGGUGGAAGAUUUGGCGGACUUGUGGGGUCAUUGGCCUAGCGAUGAGGAGCUUGAGGAGUAUGUGAACUGGCACCAUCUUCCUCGUGUGCAUAGAAGUGCAAAUUCUUAG